AUGGCACCCCCGCCGCAGAAGCCAGAGACCUUCAUGCUAUCGAGCGAAGCACAACAAAGUCUUCCUCAAGACGCUCAGGUCGCUCUGCAACAAGUCGAUAAUCUUAAAUAUUUUCUAAUAUCCGCUCCCGUCGAUUGGAGCCCUGAUCAAUUGAUCCGGCGCUUUUUGCUUCCAACGGGCGACUAUAUUUCUUGCGUGCUCUGGAACAACCUUUUCCAUAUCUCGGGCACUGACAUCGUCCGAUGCUUAUCCUUUCGUUUCCAGGCCUUCGGGCGCCCCGUUAAAAAUUCAAAGAAGUUUGAAGAGGGAAUUUUCUCCGAUCUGCGCAAUCUGAAAUCAGGCACGGAUGCGUCCCUCGAAGAGCCCAAAAGCCCGUUCCUCGACUUCUUGUACAAGAAUAACUGCAUUCGCACGCAGAAGAAGCAGAAGGUUUUCUACUGGUAUAGUGUCCCACAUGACCGUCUGUUCCUCGAUGCCUUGGAACGCGAUUUGAAAAGGGAGAAGAUGGGCCAGGAGGCUACUACGGUGGCAGUUGCAGAGCCGGCUCUUUCCUUUGAGUUCGACUCGUCUCAGUCGCUGUACGAACAGCUCACUAAGGCGCAACAAGCAAAUUCAUCAUCUUUUGCUGCACACGCAAGUACGACAUAUGGCCAGCCCACUUCUCCAGUCGUUCGGUCCGUUGACGCUAUGCCUCCCCCCCAGAUGGCCCCGUCGGCAAUGACGAUGCUCCCCGAGGACAAUGGCAAUUCAGUUCUAUACAACCAAGUCACGAUGCCGAUGAAACGCGAGAACGAUUACGUCCAGAUUCCGUAUGACCGAAGCGCCAGUAUCCCAAUCAACCGCCUACACCAACGCCACACAUCUAUGCCUUCCUACAUGGAAUACUCCCCUGCUCCGUCUUUCGUUUCGUCUCAGUAUGAAGAUUAUAGCAACCGAGGCAUCUCUUUUGAGCCAAUCACACCCCCUCAACAGGCCCUCCCCCUAGGUGCUGAGCCCGCAUACAUUGCCAACGAAGAGACUGGUCUCUACACAGCUAUUCCUGAUGUCGGCUCCACCGCUUUCAACCCCAUGAUGCAAUUACCACCCUCCAAUUUCUCGACUCCGCUGGGUGCGACCUCCCGUCCUUACCAAGGAAAUGUCUUCUCCGUUAUUGAAGGGUCGCCCACCUAUAAGCAACGUCGGCGUCGGUCUUCUAUUCCCCCCGGGAUCACCAAUGCUAUUGCUGCUGCCCAGGGCUCAGGCGUGCAGACACAGGCGACAAGCUAUGCUGCAUACAAACCGAGUGAUCUGCGCCGUUCCGUUUCAAAUUCUGUAGGUCCUGUUACGGAAGCCGCCGAGUCAAAUGACCAACAUGCUCCCGGAACCCUGCAAAAUGGUUUUUCAUCGACUGUUGCAUCGCAGAAAGACAUGCUGCAUGAAGUUUCACGCACGGGCACCCCGCUUCCUAGUCUUGAAGAAGGUGUCGAACAAACGCUUCCGAUGAUGCAACAGCAAGAUGAACUAGCGGCUCUCGCAAAUCAGAAUGUCGUCGAGGCAUCUGUUCCGCAUAGUUUGUUGGCUCGAGGCGACCGCCCCGGCCCUGUGCGUCGCGCCAGGAGUGCCACAAUGAUGGAACUAGGGCCAUAUCCACAGAAAUCACAUUCUUGCCCCAUUCCUUCCUGUGGUCGCCUCUUCAAGAGGUUAGAACAUCUGAAACGGCAUCGUCGGACUCAUGAAACACAACAAGACGGUCAGAGCUCGCAGCACCCCCUGAGCGACGAGUAUUUGGAAAAUGAAGAGAAGGAGUUUGGCUCUCUUGAAGAAGACUCGCCGGGCUCGGAUGGGCCAAGCUUUGUCCACCCGAGUGUAGUCAGUAUGUCCACUAUGACGCCAAUGUCUGCAGCUUCGUCCAUGCCCAUGCAAGCCUCCAUGUCAUCGAUGGUCGCUCCGCACCUGAUUUCACCUCAAUAUUUGCAGCAGCAAAUGUAG